ACGCAUGUUGUCAAGUCUACACAAUCGCCAUCGCCAAUGAGUAUUCUCGCGCGGCCAUCUCGUGGCAGCCGUCGAGUAAAGUGUCGGUAAAUUUGUGUUUACGCGACUAAAAUGGUGUGGACGAAUGAAGAAACGGCUCUAUUCAUUGAAAUGUACCAAAACGAGCCAUGCAUUUGGAAUCCCAAACACCAGCAUCACAAGGAUAAAAUAAAGGUCUCUGAUGCAUGGCUACGCAUUGCAAAUGCUAUGGGAGUACAAGACGUGGUUGAGUUAAAAAAGAAAAAGGAAUCUCUCAUGACGGCUUUUCGAUCAAACCACAAGAAAGUCAUUGCAUCUCGCAUAUCUGGCGAAGAAAUAUACAAACCCACAUGGAUCUUUUACGAUGCUGUGGCGACUUUUUUGGCAGAUGUAUACGAUUGCAAGCACACACUUACUUCAGAUGAACGUAUUGAACCUAAUGGCAAUAGCGAAGGUGACAGUGAUACAACAAUAAGAGCUUUGCACAAACGUCCCAAUAGUUUUAUCAACAAUGUUCUUAAAAAUUAUUCUAGCCCUGUCCGAAAAUUCUCUUCAGGACCUACAGAAAAGCGAAAACAUUUAGACACCCCUAUUAGCAAGUCCAGUAAAAUACGAAGUCACGAUGAGAGAAAUAAUACUGACACUACCCUUAAACAAACGGACGAAUUUCAGAUAUAUGGGUUGUAUGUUGCUAGCCAGUUGAAGUCGCUUUCCGAGAAACAAAGCCUUAUAGCCAGAGAAAAAAUCCAGUCAAUAUUAACUCAAUGCAGAUUGGAAGAUUUAAGGAAGAGAAAAAAAAUACUAUCAAGUAAAAACGCAAAUAGUUUUCACUCAGAGGAUGGAAUAAAAAACGUACAGUUUGUUUUAUGUGAAGGGAGUGAUAAUGAUAAAUACAAAAGUAAAUUUUCAUCGACAAAACUAAAUUCUGCAAAUCAUUUAGACUCUGAUACUGACAUACUAGAAGAUAACUUUAUUAUGCAUGUUGAAGAUAUAAAGGGCGAAGGGAACGAUGACGAAGAGCAAGGCACCGACAGUGACGAAUAAACAAGAGUAACAAAGUAGGUACUUCAUGAAAUUUCGAUUUCCUGAAAUUACGGUGGAUUAUUGUCUGGGUGUCUGUGUCAGUUUUGACGCUAACUCGAACGCUGAAUGUACAAAAUGUUCUAGUUUUGAUUAACAACAAUAAUAUAUUCAUUUGUUAUUGAGUGCUUUUAUAAUUUUUUAUAAAGAAUAUAAACCACAC